UUAUAAAAAGUACAUAAGCUUAGCGGUGAUCUAAAGAAUUAGUCAUCUCAUUUAUUGUCGACAACAGUGACGAUCAUUUUGCAUUUGUUCUAUAAAUCUCUUAGAAGAAAUAUUAUUCACCGAAAAAUCCUUCAGGGAAUGUCAAAGCGAAAGGCCGAGGACGAACAAUCCGACAAAAUGGCAACAGCGGAGAAAGUUCCACAGAAUGAUUACACUAUUGGCCUAGAGGAUCCAAUAAAGGAUUACCAAAAACUCAUCGAAACGCGCGUACAGGUAGACGAAAUUGUUGAUGAUGAUGUCACCAAGGAGAAUUUUAACCGGACGGCUGCAUCAGCGCGAGACGUCAUUUGGCAGCUAUUAUUCGGCGAAGGUAAUACCUCGCAAUCUAAUAUAGAGAAGGCCACCCAAUUACUGGAGGAAUACCGUGGUGAUGCUUGCUUCUAUAGUCCAACGCCCUAUAACGAAUGGAUUGUUAAGCUAAGGGAUGAGGUCCUUAAGAAGGAGCUCCUGGACUUUUGGCGCGAAGUUCUGCUAAAGAAGCAACUUGGCCCUUGUUGGUCACGUGACUCUGAUCUGUAUGAUAGCGACGAUACUCCGCCUCUGGAAUUCUACGCCCAUGCAGGUUGCACGGCACCAUUUGCAGCCAGCUUAAAGGUGCGCGCUGUACUAGAGGACCAGGCUUCACAGGAUCAGGAAGGUAAUGCUGUUCCCACCACACCUGGAGAACUCAGUGCCGACGAUGCCGCCGCCCUCUCUGGUGAAUUUGAAGCUUUAUUGACCAAGGAAAGGCCCCUUGAGGAAUACCGUUCGCUGAUGAAACGCUUUGUACUAACUAAAAUUAUUGUUCCGGACAAUAUUCACCAGGCUAGUGUAAAGAAGGUAGCCGCGGCUGCCAGAGACAUUAUUUGGAAGCUGCUCUUCGAUGGGACACCGUCAUCAGAGAAUCAGGACAAGGCCGCCGAGCUUUUGCAGGAGUACAAGGGCGAUGCUGGUUUUUAUGGACCGGCGGACUACAACGAAUGGAUUGUAAAGCUUAGGGACGAAGUUAUAAAUAAAGAACUUAUCAACUUUUGGCGCGAAAAGAUGGUGAAACUAGAACUAGGUCCCUGUUGUUCUCGUGACUCUGAUUAUUUCGACUAUGAGGAUCCCCUUCCAUUGGAUUUCUACGAGAAAGCUGGCUGCAAGGCUCCCUUUGAAGACUCUACUGAUGAUUAAGUUUUUUUUCGAACUGUCUUUUAUGACUUUUUAUGAAAUGUUUUAUCUUAGAAAUAGAGCAAACUCAAAAAAUUUAAUUUGGUAAAACCUAAAAUUAUUUAUAUAGUUCUUAAUUCGAUAAAAUUUUAAAGUUAAAAGUGAAAAUAAAUUUUUAUUUUCGAAACUAGAUAUGUUCUUCAAAAUUACUCAAAUCUCAAAAUGUAAAGCAUUUACAUUUAGGAUGUAGUUCAACAUUUUAUUGAUUGUAACAAUAAAUGAUUAAAAUUCUAAGCUGUUGGAUUUAUAUUUCAAAAAAUAA